AUGCGUUUCCUGAAUGACGAUCUUGUCAUUGACCAGGCCAAUGCAGUCCCUAUGAUGCAAGUCAUUGGGGCCGGCCUCCCACGCUGUGCAACAAGCUCAAUUCAAGCAGCUUUAGAGUCCCAAUACAUUGGCCUCGCUCCUUGCAUGCACUUUGCCCAUAUAGCACCGCACGCUGACCGCUCCGACAUCCUUAUCGCCGCAGUGCAAGAAGUCGACACGGCUCGGCGACACAAGCUACUGCACAAGCUAUUCGACGGCUUCAAAGCGUCAACCGACUUCCCCGGCUCCUUGUUUCCAGAUGACCUCAUGGACAUGUAUCCCGACGCCAAGAUCGUGCUGAACAAGCGGCCCGGUGGUGGCGUUAAGUGGGAACAGUCGAUCAAAGUGCUUGGAUACGCUGGCAGCCCCAUUUAUUACGCAGUCUGCUUCUUGUGGAAGACGGACCGCAAUAUCCACAAGCUCUGGGAUCUGUUCUCACAACGCUCUAAAGACACCCUGGGAUUAACGGAUGAUGAGCUUAUGACGGCAAAGCAUUAUGAUGCUCAUAAUGCCUGGGUUCAUGCCGAGGCAGCUAAGCGCGGUCGGGAGGUCGUCGAAUUCGAGCCUCGUGACGGAUGGGAGCCAUUGUGUGCGGUUCUUGGCAAGGAGGCACCGGAGGAUGAGCCAUUCCCUCAUCGUAAUGAUGCGUCUGAGGUUCGAAUGAUCGUGCGGAUUCUGUAUACUCGGGGGUUGAUCUCUUGGUUGGUCCUAGGUGGUGCGAUAUAUGGCGCGGCGAAGUUUUUGGUCAAAAGACAGUUAUUUUAG